GUCAGUUGUCAGCUGUCAGUGCCACAUGUGUAAUAUCUUCGGAAGCAGCAAGCAUUGUGUGCGAAAUUUAUUUGCAUUUCUCAUAUAAUAGAUUGAAUAAUAAUGGCCGUAAGUGAUGCAGUGAUACAAAAUAUCGGAAAAGUGCUAAACGAUCCAGCCAGGCCCUUGAAGGAGCGAUUCCGAGCUUUAUUUACUCUCCGGAACUUGGGUGGUGAAGCCGCUAUUCAAUGCAUCAGUGAAUGUUUUAACGACGAAUCGGUGCUUUUAAAACAUGAGUUAGCUUAUUGUUUGGGCCAAAUGCAGGAUAAAAGGGCUAUUCCAAUACUAAGGAAUGUUCUAGAAAAUCACAACCAAGACCCCAUAGUGCGGCAUGAGGCAGGUGAAGCUCUUGGUGCGAUCGGAGAUCCAAACCUUCGUGAAAUCCUAGAGAAAUACCAGCAUGACCCAGCUAUUGAGGUAGCUGAAACCUGCCAGAUAGCCCUACAAAGGCUAGACUGGGUCGCCAAUGACAGCUCAAAGGAGAACUUAUCCAAAAGCCUGUACUCUUCAGUAGAUCCAGCCCCGCCCAGUGCUGAUGAAAAUGUUGAAAACCUGAGAAGGAUAUACAUGGAUGAGUCUCAACCUUUGUUUGAGAGGUACAGAGCUAUGUUUAGCCUGAGGAACUUGGGUACAACUGAGAGCAUCAAUGCCUUGGGUGAAGGCCUCAAAGCAAGAAGUGCAUUAUUCCGUCAUGAAGUUGCAUUUGUGUUUGGUCAGAUGCAAGACGAGAGGAGUGUACCAUUCCUGAAGUCCACUCUUGAAGACACCGAUGAGCAUGAGAUGGUGAGACACGAGGCUGCUGAAGCACUGGGUUCCAUCGCCACUGAAGAGUGUACUGAACUCCUGAAAAGAUAUUUGAAUGAUCCAAGGCGUGUCGUCCGCGAAAGUUGCGAAGUAGCCCUGGACAUGUCGGAAUAUGAGAACAGCCCGGAAUUCCAAUACGCGAACACUUUGCUCACGGUUGAGGGAUAACAUGCAGCAAUUAAGUAUUUUGUACUUUGGAGAGACUUUUAUGAACUCGAAAGAGUAAAUGAAAUAUUUUUAUUAUGUUUAACAUUUAUACAGUAUUCGAAUUAACAUUAAACAUCCAUACCGCUAUCACAAUAUUGUUUUGUAUAACAUAGAUAAUUAUAAAUGACAUUUGGCUGUAUCAUGUGAUAGAAAUAUUUUUGUAAAUAAAGAUUUAAGAUUAU